UCUCCCAGUAGCACUGUGUAAUAUCCCAUGGACAGUGUGCUGUUGGCUAGAGCUAUAGGCUGCCAGGCUGAGUAUGAGACUCUGAGCUCUAUGAUAUGACAUACGUUAGAAGUGAUAUCCAACACAGCCUUUCUAAGUACCCCUGAUUAUCUGCACUGCAGCUUCUCCGUUUGUACAUUUUAAAUUAAUAAUAAGCACUUGUGGGUUCACAAACCACCUGAAAUAUUAAUCAUUAACCACUUUGCCAGGCCAGCCAGUAUAACACCGUGUAAACAAGGCUCGGGACCGGUCUCCCGUCACUAAUCCUGUGUCCCUCAGUCCUGUCACCAAACAAGGAGAACAGGUCCUGCCACACCGGUGCACAGAAUGGCAUACUUUCUUUCUCUGGCAGCACAGAAAGGGAGAUAAGGGUAACCAGAGACGCUUGCCCGGACAGGGAAGUGUAGCGGGGAUUUUUCCCAGGCGCAGUCUGGCAGUAGUUCUGUGAGAAGAAAGCAGAGAAGCGCGACGACCAGGGGCCGAGCAACCGUCCACUGCAGAGCUGGACGCCAACAGGUGCGGCCGAGCACCAGGAGCCAAGGAAGCGGGCGAGGACUGGGAGAAAACACAUCAGAGACAACACAGGAAGGCCGUUUCAGACCUGCCAAAGGAGUCACUCAAUCCUGUAACCAAUGGCAACGGUCCAGGCUUUGCCCUUGACCCGAGACCCCAGCAAGAGCAUUAGCGCGCUUUACCCAACAUCCUCUUUGGUGUCCGCCGGCUGCAUUAUGGGUAGUGUAGGCAGCCUGAUCGAAAAGCCAGACAUCUCACCCACUAAAAGCCAUAGAGCGGUUCCUCAAGUGGCAGAGCGUCAGAGCAGUGGGCUGCUCAGAAAGGGCUUUAACCAGCAAGAGCUGCUCAACUACCUCAACAUCACCAGGAAGGAGUCAAAAGUAGGAAAGCGCAUCAUCUCGGGGACCUCCUCCAUCAAGAGGGAACAUUCCCGGGAGGAGGAGAACGUCUACAAGGUCUACCACAGAGACGGCAAAGAGCUGGAUGUGGGGAAGAACUCUCUCCCAAUCGGUGGCAAGUUUGACAAGCCUCGUUUUAGACCUUCCGCCUUCAAGCUGGUGACGCCGAAGAGCUUCAGUUCCAUGCAGAACCUCUACCCGUCCAAGCCUGAUGACCCAGCGAACAGCAUGCACCUAUCCGGCGGCAAACCAUCAAGCAAAUCUCUCUCGACUUCCUCGUCUUCCUCCUCUCCCUCUCGAGCAGGCACGAGCGCCAACAAGGGCUCCCUGGUGCCACCCCGUGGUCCAAGCCAGGAAGAGGAGACCACCUCGGACUCGGGACACAACUCCAUAAACAGUCUUCCGCCCUUCCGCCCACACCUGGGCCAGAUCAGCGCCUCCAUGGGCCACAUUGACCACAUCGGUUCCCUGGACCGGACGUUGGGGGGAUCCAGAGGUGGGGCGGCUGCGGGUACGGGGGGGGCGUCAUGCCGCAACAUGGCCGUCCUCGGGCGGGUGCCGGGCUACGGCAGCAGCGCCCCACCCCAAUAUGAGCUGUCCCACUCCAUGGAGGAGAUGGUCAGGGAGCUGGAGGAGCGGCUCCAGGAGAAGGAGCAUGAGCUCCGGCAGAUGAGGAGGAACUUGGAUGAGAGCGAGGACGCAAUCGCACAGGUGUUUGAGGGGAAGCAGCGUCUCUGGGAGAAGGAGGUGUCUGAGUUGAAACAGCUGUAUGCCACCAGGCUGCGGCAGGUGUCCCAGCAGUCUCAGCGCUCCCAGCGCACCCUACAGCUGCAGCUGUUCAAGGCCCAGCAGGAGCGCAGCCGGCUGCAGGAUGAGCUACGCACCUUGCGCCUCGAGUGCCAAGGCCUGCAGAGCCGCACGGGCCCCGCCCAAAGCCAAAAGCUCCACCCCCAGCUCGAGGAGACCCAAUGGGAGGUAUGUCAGAAGGCAGGUGAGAUCUCCCUGCUGAAGCAGCAGCUGAGGGACUCUCAGGCCGAGGUGGCACAGAAGCUCGGCGAGAUCUUCCUGCUCAAGACGCAGCUGCGGGAGAUUCGGGCCGAGGCACACGCCAAGGACAGCCAGAUCGACACGCUCCAACUGGCCCUGCAGGCAGCACGCCACGAGGACGUCCGGGCUGGGGGCGAAGGGGGAGGGCCACCCGGCACAGAGGAGCGGCUCCGGGCCGAGCUGCUCCUGGAGCGCCGGCAGAGCGAGGCGCAGGCCGCCGCAUUUGAGGCUGAGCGCAACACCUGGCAGGUGGAGAAGGAGAAGGUGCUCCGCUAUCAGAGAGAGCUGCAGGCCAGCUACCUGGGGAUGUACCGCAAGAACGAGAGUCUGCAGAGAGAACUGCGCCAGCUCGAAGGAGGCGGGGCUGAACUGGGCGUGACUCGGACAGGGGGUGCGGAAGAGGGCGGGGCUAUAGAGGACGAAAACGCUCUCCCCAGCCUUCCGUGGAUUGAAAGGACCGAGUCUUCCGAAAUCUGAACGCCUGCAGAAAUCUGACAGACUCUAAAUGAGGAGAGUGAUAAGUGCUGGCACUCAACCUGAGAUGGUUUACAAAGUGUCACGUGACUUUCUUCAGGCAUUUACAUUUGAAUCAGCUGUUGAUUUGUAAACCAAAAUGCGUAAAACACUGAGAUUAUUUACGAAUGUUAUUUUGAUAAAAGACUCAACUUCCAUUCCAUUCAUAAACAUCAGCAAGAAAACAAUGAUGUAUUAGAUAUGCUUCUGUUACCUAAGCAUACUCCGUAAAAACUGCAUACCAGGUUUCAAAACAACAUAGUUACACUGCUACCCUGCCUUCUACCGGAGACGUGAUGAAGAAAGCCUCUCAGCCGUCUUGUCGGCGGCGACCAGCCUCGGUCCGGCCCACUUCCAGUUCUUCUUUGUUCAUACUCGUGUCUGAUCGCAGGGAUUGGUUGUUUGUGUCUGCCACAGACUGUUUUAAAACUACCGCACUACCAGACUGAUUUUUACUCAGUCAUUCCCCCCACCCCACCCCCCCAAAGAGAAAGCCAGCGAGGCAAGCCACAGAAAAUAAAGGGAUCCUUCAGGAAGUAUUCUAGCAGGCAUGGCACACUUUAAUGUAGCACCAGUGUAAAUUGCUAUCCUUUCACAUUAGCGCGAGAGAACUGCUAACAGCUGCAGGUAGGUCCUGACAUCAAGUGCUGUGUGUGCGCUUUAGUUUCACAUGCCUUCAUAUGCCAGCUAGGUUCCUUUUACAGGGAGGGCCAGGUUCACUGUUGUUGGCAGGGGAGAGGGGGGGUGUUUUGUUUUUGUUUUUUUUAACCCAGAUCUUAUUAAGAGAUUUGGAAGGUUUCCCAUUCAACCCUUGCUGCCUGCUUUAGCACUGAGAGACUUAACACUCCUCUGCCGCUGGGUUUAAACGCAGUCCAGUUUUUAAAAACUGAUAAAAGUCUUUUUCUAAAAACACAAGCUUGGAGCACACGCACACUGCUCUCGUUAGUAGUCACCUACGUUCCUUAGACUCACAGACUGUAGCUCAUCUUGGUUCUCAGUUCUGGAGCCUCCCUCAACCCCUUUAUUACCAGUAACGUUCUGACCGGAGGACCACUGCUAACCACCUGUGUAGUGAACUCAGCAGUGAUAUCAAAGUGGAAGGGGUGUGGUAGGGGCAUGAUAAGGGCAUGGUAGGCUUGUCCAGAAGAUAAAACUAGUUCCCAAGUUACUGGAUCUUACUUAAAUAAUGCUGAUAUGGUGAUAACUACUGGAGUCAAUCUGGGAUUUUAUAUAUUGAUUCUAUGUGUAUAUACUACUAUAUAUAACUGUCAAGUCGUAUAGAGUACACCUUGGCAUACAUCAUUGAAAUUGCCUGACUGAUUUUAUUUUAUGUAAUAAAGUGAAAUAUUUGUCGA